ACGACCCAACCAAAUCGUCUCAGCACAAGUCUCUCUAUAUUAUUUAUGGUUUUUUUUUCUUUAUCGUGUUGGCUUCUAAAGAUGAAGAAAAGCUAUCUUGAAUGUAGAGUUCUAGACCUUCUUAUUGUAGUUUUGAUCUCAGUGUUUGUUCCUGUGAAGUCCCAGGAAGACUCCGUAGAUGUCGCAGCGAUGAUGGCUUUGAAGCAGAGUUUGAACCCUCCGAAGUCCCUUAAAUGGACUGACCCAGAUCCUUGUCUGUGGUAUCAUGUGGGCUGCACGGCUUCAAGGAUAACCUGCAUUCAAAUUAGAAACCAAGGUCUCUCAGGUACUCUUCCUUCUGAACUUCAGAAGCUCACCGCCCUGCAACGAUUGGAUUUGAUGUAUAACAAUAUCUCUGGUCCUCUACCAAGCUUCAGUGGGUUUGGUUCCUUACAGAUUUUGCUUCUUACUAAUAACCAGUUCUCUUCCAUACCGGCGGAUUUCUUUACUGGCCUUUCAUCGCUUCAAGUUGCUGAGUUAGAUAAGAACCCCUUUUCAGCAUGGGAGAUUCCGGAUAGUCUUCAGGAUGCAACAGGCCUUGUAAAUUUCUCUGCAAAUUCAGCCAACGUUACAGGGAAGAUUCCUGAUUUCGUUGGGACAAAUGUCUUUCCGAGCUUGACGAACCUGCAUUUAGCUUUCAAUAACCUCGAAGGUGAGUUACCGGCAAGCUUCGAUGGGUCUACCAUGAAGUCUCUAUGGUUGCAUGGGCAGACAGCGAAGCUCAACGGAAGUAUUUGGGUUCUACAGAAUAUGACCUUCCUCACGGAGGUUUGGCUUCACUCAAAUGCUUUUACAGGGCCCUUGCCAGACGUUUCUGGGUUGAAAAACUUAAAGAGCUUCAGUGUCAAGGACAACCAGUUAACGGGUCCUGUUCCAGAUUCUUUGUUGUCUCUUCCAUUGAUGAAGAUUGUGAAUUUAACGAAUAAUUUGCUUCAAGGGCCUACACCGAAGUUCCCAAGUUCUGUAUCAGUCGAUAUUUCUGGUGUGAACAGCUUCUGCUUGCCCACUCCAGGAGCUGCUUGUGAUUCCCGUGUGAAUGUUUUGCUCUCAAUUGCAAAAGACAUGGAUAACCCAAUGAAGUUCGCUAAAAAUUGGACGGGGAACGAUCCAUGCGCAUCAUGGAUGGGGAUUACAUGCAGCAUUAAUGGUAACAUCUCUGUCUUGAAUUUUCAGAAAAUGGGGCUUACCGGCACAAUCUCUCCCGACUUCUCUAAGUUUCAAUCGUUGCAAAAAUUGAUUCUUGCCGACAAUAAGCUCACUGGUACCAUUCCGGAGGAGCUGACAACUCUGCCUAGUCUUACUGAACUAGAUGUAUCAAACAAUCAGCUCUCUGGGCUACUCCCAAAUUUUAAAAGCAGUGUUGUUAUAAACACAAAUGGCAACCCAGACUUCGUGAAGAAUGUCCCAUCUCCAACCCCAGGAUCAUUUGGCCCUGUUGGAGUUGUAGUGGGUUCAGUAAUCGGUACGGGUGUCUUUCUGGUUUUCUUAGCUGGAUUAUUAGGCUUCUAUUUUUACAGAAGAAAGCAAAUUUGGUUUGGUGUAGUCCAGGGCUCCAAUGCAAUGGUGGUCCAUCCUCGCCGUGUAUGCUCUGACCCUGAGAUAGUGAAGACGUUGAGUGAAAACUUUAGUUGGACAAGCAAUGGGCCGAGUGACAUUCAUAUGGUCAACACAGGAAGCAUGGUGAAGAUUUCCAUUCAAGUCCUAAGAAAUGCGACUAACAAUUUUAGUGAAGAUAACAUUUUGGGAAGAGGAGGUUUCGGGAUAGUGUACAAAGGAGAACUGGAUGAAGGUACCAAGAUCGCUGUGAAAAGGAUGAAUUCUGGUGUAAUGACUAAGAGAGGAUUGACUGAAUUCAAGUCUGAGAUUGAUGUUCUUACCAAUGUCCGACACCGACAUCUUGUUGCUCUUCUUGGAUAUUGUUUGGAUGGAAAUGAGAGGCUGCUUGUGUAUGAGUAUAUGCCUCAGGGGACUCUGAGCCGGCACCUUUUCAAAUGGAAAGAAGAAGGGCUGAUGCCACUAGGGUGGACAAAAAGACUCAGCAUUGCCUUGGAUGUGGCUAGGGGUGUUGAGUAUCUGCAUGGUUUUGCUCAUCAAAGCUUCAUUCACAGGGACCUAAAGUUUGCAAACAUUCUUCUAGGAGAUGAUAUGAGAGCUAAAGUAGCAGAUUUUGGUCUUGUUCGUCUUGUUCCUGAAGGGAAAGCCUCUAUUGAGACAAGACUCGCAGGAACCUUUGGGUAUCUUGCUCCAGAGUACGGAACGAUUGGACGAGUAACUACCAAGGUCGAUGUCUACAGUUUUGGUGUGAUAUUGAUGGAGCUUAUCACAGGGAGGAAGGCUCUUGAUGAAACACAAUCUGAAGAUAGCAUACACCUAGUAACAUGGUUCAUGAGAAUGUACAUCAACGAGGAUACCUUCUACAAGGCCAUAGACCCAACAAUUGACCUCAAUGAUCAGGAGACCCUUGCCAGCUUCAACACGGUUGUUGAGUUGGCCGGACACUGUUGUGCUGAUGAGUUACAUCAAAGACCUGACAUGGGGCAUGUUGUCAAUGUACUAUCAUCUAUAGCAGAGCCAUGGAAGCCAUCAAACCCAGACUCAGAGGAGAUCUAUGGAAACGUUAUGCAGUAUCAAGGCACUAGCAAAAAUGCAAGAUGAAUGGCUUGCGGUUUCAGGAGUUUCAGAAUUCCUAGUUUCUUAAGGAAUCCUUGUACCAGUGGAAAUUCUAUUUCUAGAACAGCGUGGAAUUCUAUUUAAGGAGAGUUUUGCUUUCAGUUUGUUUCCACUUUCAGCUAUGUUUACUUGUCCUAGUUCAAGCUGUGUAUCAGGUAUCUAUAAAUCUAAUCCUAUUUCUACCAA